AGCAGACACAAUGAAACGAGGGGCGAUGUAGGACACCACGUUGGGGCUUGAAACGCAGACACGCUGAUAGCAGAGGUCAUCGCUGAUGAGAAAAAGCAACGAGUUGAAAGUCUUUGGAGAACAACCGACCGGGCUCAGGAAACGAGGCACUCCGUCAUAACUUUAGCUUUGUCGUUAAACGCGGUCGCGUUAAAAUGUCGUUCGCCUAUUCGGAUUAUCUGGCCGCCGAGUGUCUGGUGUCCAUAUCCAGCGGUCCCGUCCUCCACCGACCCACCCCGGUGUCUGGUGCGGCUCAGGCCCCUCCUCAGGGCCUUCCUGCCGGAGAGCCAGACGGGUCGAGCGAGGACAGGGAGGUGCGGGAGACGCUCCGGUUAGACGGGGCCAACAUGAUGACGGUGGCGGAGAUCCUCACCGACCUGCACGGCAAGUUUCGCCCCAUGUCGGCUUAUUCCGAGAGCAGCAACUCGUCAUGCGGGGAGAGCGGCUACACCACGUUGUCUGACUCCACCACCCCAACGCCGACCAUGACCCCCUCUGCCACCCCUGUCCCGGGACAGUACAAUAACACGUCUCAGCAGAUUUGGGGAGGAGGGGGAGCGCCACGGUCCCCCACUAAGCGUCACCCCUGUACUUUCGACGGGUGUGACAGGGUGUACGGCAAAUCAUCCCACCUAAAAGCGCACAUCAGGACCCACACAGGUGAGAGGCCUUUUCCAUGCACUUGGCCUGAGUGUGAAAAGAAGUUCGCCCGUUCGGAUGAGUUGGCAAGACAUCUGCGUACCCACACCGGCGAGAAACGCUUCCUAUGCCCACUCUGCGACAAACGCUUCAUGCGCAGCGACCACCUCAUCAAACACGCCCGCCGGCACCCCAACUUCCUCCCCUCCAUGAUCAACCGCAAAGGUUCGGCUCAGGGAUCCACUUCCAUCCAGCCUGUCGCCGCCAGCACUGCCGAGUAAAACGCCGGGACCCCCGCCUUCUGCACUGUGACCACCAUCUCUAUAAAAAGCCGCAGCUUGACUCGAUCGCCGUGCAUGAUGGGAGCCUUUUAAGGCUCAGUCCUCAUUUCCACAGGCCAAAAAUGAAGAACUUCCCCACGUCUUCCUCCGAAACCUCUUCUCCCAACCAGUGACGACCAAAAUGGGUGAAGGAGACACAAAUGCUUAAGCACAUUCCGAGUCGCGUGAUUCAGAAAUCACAUGAUCUUAAAAUGCUUGCUUUUGGUGGAACAGAAUCGUCUAAAAAAUGAAAGUAAAACACUUUUUUUUUUUGGAUGCAUGCAGACAAAAUGGCCACCAGCAGUAGCACAAUGUUUUCCAUGGGUAAUCUCGUAUCACUUGUCAGCCAUGUUUUAGAACCCCAGAAAGCGUGUGUCAGUUUAAGGGAAAGUCUACCUACUCUUGUCUUUUUACAGUCGUUCCAUACAGCUUACAAAAUACACACAAUCUUGAUUCCAUGCCUAUUUGUAUAGUCAGGAAUGGCAAACCGUCUCUAGGUUUACUUGUCCAGACAUGCUCUACAAUACAAUAACCGCAUUCAGUUGCGGAAUGAUCGCAAAGUUUUUGUAUGUUACUCUUGAAUUUGUCACGCAUAACACAUGCAGUGACUUUAUGCAUUCCCAGCAAGCAUUCUUUGUUUUUAAAAGAUGUCUAAUAGACGUCUAAACAUAGUCGUCUUGGCUAAAACAAGGCUAAAUUUGGGCUGUCAGUGAAAAUCUAAUAGACAUCUAAGAAUAGGCCAAAACUAGACUAGUCAUCAAAUAAGCAGAAAUGCAUGGCUACACAUAUAUCUGUCUAUUUGUUUUCGGCUAUUCUUAGAUGUGUAUUAGAUUUUCACUGAGGGCCCAUGUUUAGUCUUGUUUUAGCCAAGCUGUCGACAUUUAGAUGUCUAUUAGCCAUACAUUAAACACAAAAUUGUUUGCUGGGUUCUUAAACCUCUUCAAAUUGGCUAAUCUCAAGUUCGUCAAAUCCCUAAAUUUGAUUCUCAAUUAAAAUGCUGGAACUGAAAUUGCCAGUGAGUUUCCUUUUGGGUAGAAACACUGCCUGUAAUGCCGCUUUUCCACACCGCUUUCCCUACUGAAAUGGUAAUAAGUUAUUUUCAUCUUUAAUUUACUUUUGUGCUUACGUUUUCUAUUAAGUAGUAUCAGCAUGGCAACUGAAAUAGUUUGUUUUAUUAUUAUUAUUAUUAGACCGUGCAUUUAUUAUUAUUAUUAUGAUGAUAUUUUUCCAUUUUGAGGAACUCUUUUGUUGUAAUUUUGACAUGUUGGUACAUGUAGCAAUGUGUUUAAUAGUAAUGUGGAUACGUGUAGAUAAAUAUCUAUGCUUGCAGCUUCAAUGGUAAAGAUGUUAUUAUAUGAACUACUAGAAGUAAUACACCUUAUAUUAGGGGUGAGAGUACACGCUUGAAUAGAUUAGUGCUGCUUGUGUGCGAAUGUUUGCGCGUCACGAUCGUAUGUAUGUGUGUGUGUGUAUUCACGCGGGAGAGUCAAUCUCUCCGAAACUGUCCCACCUGCGGACCUCUUACAACUAUCUCAGAGAACAAAAAGAAAAAUCAGGAAACUCAGAAAGCCUUAAAAAUCUUUUGACUUGUUUUGCACCAUUGUUUACUGUCGAAUAUAUUCUCUACAGGUAUGCCGUCAGGCGUCAUUCUUCUCAACUAAAGAAAUACACAUGCAAUAUUGCACUUUUUUUCUUACUGGUAUUGUCAACGAUGCUAGUCGUCUGCUAGUGUGAUGGGUUUCACUGUAUAGAUGCUACUGCGCAGUGCUCAACUAAACGAACACUGCGGAAGCGGAUAAAGACCUGUCACGAUAAAUCAAUACAUUCGUAAAUAUAUGCACCUUCGUUUGAGUGCUUAAACCAGUGUGAGGAAAAACGGACUUCUUUUUUUGUGGACUUCUCAAUUUGAUUUGUGUUUUGCUUUUGUGUAUUGAAAAGUCAGAUGGCAUCAAUGGUUCAUCACAGCGUUUCUAAUCAUGCAAUACUCUAAGCGUUUUAAAGUGACUGCUGGCAGUAGCUUGAAGUGCAAUGGAGACAACUGGUAAACGUUCUCAACAAAAACUAAACUAAUCGAACCAAAUCCAGAAUAGUAUCUAAGACUGUUUGUUCUGUAGCUAAUUAAAUGACGUAUUCCUCACAAUGCUUGUAUGUUUGGCCGGGUUUUUUUUUUUUGUGUGUGUGUGUCGUCUUUUUAAUAGUUGUUUUCCUGUAGCGUUUCGUCUGUGGAUCUGUUGACCAUUGACGACAUCAGUGGUACACUGUGUUGGGCUUUGUGUGUGAUUCUUAACAGACUGAGACUAUUGUGAUCGUGUCCUUUUAAAAAGUUUUUCCACUCACAAUGCCCCCUUUUAGCAGUCCGGGUUUAGCAUUUGAUAUCCCACCCAUUAUACUCAACAACAUUCGCAGCUAGCAUUCCGGACAGCCAUCACAAACUACUGGAUCAAGUCUGAACUUUUUUAUUAUGAUGUUAUUAUUUGUGCGUUUUGUGGUCUUUGAUUUCAGCUGUUAUCUUUCGUAUUUGGUUUGAUAUACUGGAAGGUCUUGUUUCUUAUGCUUUUGUAUUGGUUUAUGUACUGUAGAUGUCUAUAGUAUGCAGAAAAUCUAGCUGUUUCUAGAUGAUUUAAGACAGAACCUAGAUAGCGUAAAACACCUAUAGUUCCUUCUGGGGGAAAAAAAUGCUGCGUUAUUUGCUGUUUGAGGCAUCAGAUCUCUGCAUGUCAAAUUCAAAGUGAACUAUGAUGUGUGCAAGUGCGGCUGCUUUUAAUUAUGAUGCUAGAUUGAGAAAAUGUAGUGACAGCUUUUCUUUUUUAUUAUUGCUUUCUUGCUUGGCGUACAAUCUAGAUCUUGUCCACCUGUUUUGACACACUAAAAUGGUUAUGCACUGAUUGGCAGGUUGUCUGUAGUGAUUACACUAAAAGGACGUGUAAAUUAAAGUCUCGGUCUACAGACAAGUCUCAUAUCAAAGAGAACUGAUGGGAUUUGUCAAUACGGACGCUUCAAUGUUUUCUCCUCAGGUGAUAAAAUGUAAUGCUGAAAACCUCUGUCCUUCAUGAGCAGGACCUAAUGUUUCGCUUUUGUUUUUCAAUUUUCCUCAGUUUACUUUUAUUUAUUACAUGCUUUGUUUUUGGUGUGCUUUAAAAUAUCUUCUUUUUUUUCAGUACUUAUGAGACUUGAUUAAUAAUUUGAUUUGAUUCGAUUUGUUUACCUCCAACAGAAACAACAAAAAAACCCUCCACAGCUUUUUAAAUAAUAAAACUGAUUAAGGAUCAA